AUACAAAAUCAGCUGGUCAAAAAUAGCGCUACAGGUAUCAAAUUAGGUCAUAAUACCUUUUUACUGAUUUGCAAAUUUUGAGAUUUAACUUUAUUUUGAUAGUUUUUUUUAAUCAACCAAAAACGAGAAAAGCAGAUUUGGUGAAAAACCGGUUUUGUAAUAUUUGAAUACAAAAUCAGCAAUAACCAAUAGAAGAAUCUUCUAUUAUGUAUUUUUAUAGCAGUCUUAAACUACUCACCAUUAAUCAUCAUAUGAUCUGAUGGUAUAUUAUUUAUUGACGUCAAAUCAUGAGUGGGCUUCUAUGAAAAUGUUUUCUUAUUUUUGUUUGGUGUUUCGUAAUUGAAGUAAAUUAUUCUCGGUAUUUUCAUGUGAAUACACUGUUAAUGUAAAAUAUAUUUUUUUGAAAUGAGAAUGUCUUGUGAAGAAGUUGCUGAUUUGGAUAGAAAUGGUCAAGUUUUCAGGGUACGUUCAAGUGAUACUGAAGACUGCAUGAAUUCCCAACUCUUGGAUCUUACUAUUCAGUCUGAUGAUAAUUGCAAAGGAUCAAAGUCUAUUAGCAGUCGCUUGAAGACCAUCGAAUAUGAGAUUGAAUCUCUUCUGUCAGAAGCAAAGUCCGACUCGCGACACAGCUUCAGUAGGCCUAUGUACCGGAUGGAAUCAGGCGGCUCCAUUGCAACCAGUUUCAACUCCAUUUAUAGAGGAAGAAGUCGUGAUUCUAGUUCCACAAGGGAUCUAAAAGUUGCUUCAAGAACUGUCUCCAAUACAUCUACAAAACUAUCAGAGAAUAAAGCACCGAGAGUUCCCAGUAAUUGUAGAUCUCUGUCAGGCAUGUCUCAGGGUGAUAAUGGCACUAUUCAGAGUUAUCUUCACUCAAUCAACAAUAAUGUUAUAAAAACAUCAAGGGUGAUAUCCAGAAUGACCGGCACAUCAAAUAUUCAUGAUAAUAGAUGCUCCUCAGCACCAACCAGUGACUUCGCUCACAUGGAAAGAAUAAGGAAUUCUAGGGAGUAUCGUAUUGAAAUAGAAAAGAGACUUCUAGCCGAAAAAAGUUUGGAGACACUCAAAGCCGAUCUUAAAAAGUGUCAGCAAGAAGAGAAAAAGCUGAAAAAUAUAAAAGGGAAGAUGGCAUCGCUAACAGAGGAAUUGAAUUGUGAAAAACAGAAAAGAGAAACAGUUGAGAAGAACAUGGAUGCCCUAAAAGAACAAUACCAGCAACUUCAACAAGAAGGAGAGAAAAACAAAAAUUUGAAUGAAAAAUACUUGAAAUUAGUAAAAGAAUUGGAAGGUGAGCGAGAGAAGCGCAUGGGAUGUGAAAAAUUGGUGAAGAGCUUGAAUGAUAGAUUGGACGAGUCGUCUCUAAAAAUUCAAGAAUUGAUUGGUGCCAGAACAAUGGCCGUAGAAUUGGCUCAUAAUCUUGGAGAGCAGAGUAGAUCUUGUCUGAAAAAAUAUAAAGAUUGUAUGAGUUGUUGCGAAAACCUGGAAGCAGAGCGAACAAAAGCAAACGAACUUUUAAAAAAUCUCAACGAAAAGUUGGAGACCAUGACCAAUGAAUUAUCCGAGAAAGAUCGGAAGCUGAUGCAUCUAAAAGAAAAAUUGGAAUCCAAUGAGAAAAUUAUCAAAGAGUUCAAUAACAGGGACGUGACUGACAUACCUCAAGUUAAAAGUCUACUGGAAAAGCAACAAAAGGCUUUCAAGUCAGCUUUGAUGAAGAGAGAAACAAACGAAAUGGCACUGCAGGCCAAGUGCUCCACAUAUGAGGUUGAGAUGAAUUUGAUGCGAAACGAUUUUGCUAAAAGGUUGAAUGAAAUUGAGAAUAUGAAGCAGAGAAUGAAUGAAGAACUGGAACGUUUGAUUGGGGAGAAGGAUAAAGAGAUUUCCAUGGAAAAGCAUGCUCGAGAAGAGUUGACCGAAGUUGUAAAGCAGUGCAAAGAACGUAUAACAGAACUAUCUGAGGCAAAUAAACAUCAAGAAAUAGUAAUCAAGUGCCAAAAUGAUACUAUCAAUAGCAAGGACGACAGGUUGGGUCUGGCAGUGCAGGAAGCUGAGCUGAACGCGCGCUUGGUGGAACAGCAGAAGAGCGAACUGCGCCAGGAGCAUUCGCGAACAAUGGCGCAGUUGGAGCAGAGGCUGCAAGAGGAGCGCGACAAACUGCGCAUCAAAGAGAAGGUGGCUGACGACCAGGCCGACACAAUAAUGCAGCUCAAGUCGAGCAUGCUCGAGCGCUCCAAAGAGCUUCACAGGCGGUCCAAUGAAAUGGCCAAACUUGAAAAGCAGCUGCUGUGUGAACGUCAAGAGAAAGAGAACAUUGCUUGUGAUGUUGCCCAUCUGAAAAUGCUCCGAGAGAAAAACUCUAUCACAAUCAAGGACUUGCAAAAGCAAAUUGAAACACUAAAAGAUUCCAGUUUACAUAAGAAGCAUACAUUCAUGCUAGAAGAGUUGGAGAAAAAGGUUCAACAAAAACAGGCUGAAUGGCAGUUGGAAAUCACGAAAAUAACUGAAGAAAGGAAUCAAGCGAGAGAAACGGCACAAUAUGCGAUAGACAAUCUAGCGACUGCUUUACAAGAGCAUCAAAACGAAUUAAUGGGUCAGAAAAAUAUGCGGCAUAAGAUGGCUUCUCUUAUAAGAAAAAAAGAGGAGCAACUGAGUGCGGCAGAGGCAAGAGUCAAUGAAUUCAGAAGAACAAAUGGUGAUAAAUCUCAGUCUUCGGAUAAUGAAAAUUUACGAGUAAAACCCUCUUGGAGUGCCAACCGACUCUUCAAGCAGAGAGGUGUGUAUGUUAAUUCCAAGCUGCACAGAGCCAGGCCUUCUUACAAGUACAAACUAAUCUGACCAGGUUUAGAAGUUAUUGACUCCAAAAACAUUCCAUGUGUGUCCAUCACCUCUGGACUCUUAUUUUGAGCUCUCUCAAAAAAAUUCAAAUAUUAUUUCUAAUGUGAAGCUUGUUGGUUGCAACUCUCAUAGGUAUAAUUUCUAUGUUUACAGCUUGGAAUGACGAAUCAAACUAAUUGUUAUUGAAAUUCCGACAUUAUUGAAGUAAAUUAUAUUAUUUUGUGAAGGUGUA